AUGAGUGUCCACAGUGAUUCAGAUAUUUGCGACGUUGCUUCUGAAUCAAAUAGCCCGGAUAUGCAAGAUACAGAUUUUAAUAUUAAUAAAUCAAAAUCUAAAGGCUGCAAAAAAAAUGUUAAAGUUAAAAUUGAAAAGACUAAAACUUGCCUUAUCCCAGAUACUAUGUUGCAUUUGAAUAAACCAGUUGCUUUAGAGGCGAAUCAAAAUUUAGAACCACAGUCCUCUUCAAGUUCCAACUUAGAAACUGUUCCCAUUGAUUUAAAAAAAUACGAUUAUGUAUUGGUUAGAUACUUUUUAAAAAAAAGAGUGGAAUAUUUUGUAGGCACAGUUUUGGAAAAACCUGUCAAUGACAAGGUAAAAAUAUCUUUUUUAAGAAAAGUUGGCAAAAAUGACAAUACAAAAUUUAUUAGGACAAAGUCAAUGGAAGUGGAGCUAAUAGAUUGUAAGAAUAUUGUCAAGACUGUAGAAUUAAUGUCGAUCAAUGAAAAUGAGACUGAUUUUGUAUUUCUUGACGACGAUUAUUAUAUAUAUUUUGAUUAA